GCAAAAAAAAAUUGCAAUGGCAAAGCUCAAUGAUUCAAAUACCAAGUGGUAACGAGCUCGAGUAUGAUGCCGGCGUCUCUGCCAUCAACCCCACAUUUUUUUUAUAUUCACUUGACAAGGUAUGCCAACGUCAUCGUCAAAAUUUCCUCGGCCAUUCCGAUGUUAGAUGAUGAAACGGCACUGGGCUCCGAUAUAAUGAUGAGCAAGACACGCCAUUUUGCGGCAGGCCUAGAAAACCUCGCCCACUGA